UCGGGAGCGGGAUUGUUUCACGCAGGAAGCAGGCUCCAUUUUAGCGCCGCCCGCCGUCGCCAUCUGUUUCUCUUCCCACCCCCUUACCCCGCCCGUAUCUGAGCCCCAACGGGAAGGCUGGGCCUAGGCCGUCGGAGGCUGGAAAAAGGGAAGGGGAUAAGGGAGGAAGGAAAGAAGAGGGAAGAAAGGGUGAGUCGAGGAGGGUGAGUGGUAGCGGCCAAGUGCGAAGCACGCAGCUCGUUGGACGGACUGACGGACGGGCUCGUGCGACUGCUGCCGCGGCUGCGGCGCCCGCGUGAGUCGCGUCCCGGCGGCGGUGGCGGUAGCGGCGGCGGCAGCAGCGGAAGCCGGAGGGGAGCAAUGGCGGCCGACAGCCGGGAGGAGAAAGAUGGAGAACUUAAUGUUCUAGAUGAUAUUUUAACUGAAGUACCAGAACAGGAUGAUGAACUUUAUAAUCCAGAGAGUGAACAAGAUAAAAAUGAGAAAAAGGGAUCAAAAAGGAAAAGUGACCGGAUCGAAUCUACUGACACAAAACGACAAAAGCCUUCUGUCCAUUCAAGACAAUUGAUUUCUAAACCCCUAAGCUCAUCUGUUAGCAAUAACAAAAGAAUAGUUAGUACUAAAGGAAAGUCAGUCACAGAGUAUAAAAAUGAGGAAUAUCAAAGAUCUGAAAGAAACAAGCGUCUAGAUGCUGAUCGAAAAAUUCGUCUAUCAAGCAGUACCUCCAGAGAACCUUAUAAGAGUCAACCUGAAAAAACUUGUCUACGGAAAAGGGAUCCUGAAAGGAGAGGCAAAUCUCCUACACCAGAUGGUUCUGAGAGAAUUGGGCUUGAAGUUGAUAGACGUGCAAGCCGAUCCAGUCAAUCUUCUAAGGAAGAAGUGAACUCUGAAGAAUAUGGCUCCGACCAUGAGACCGGCAGCAGUGGUUCUUCUGAUGAGCAAGGCAAUAACACUGAAAAUGAGGAGGAAGGAGUAGAAGAAGAUGUAGAGGAAGAUGAAGAGGUAGAAGAAGAUGCAGAGGAAGAUGAGGAGGUGGAUGAAGAUGGAGAGGAGGAGGAGGAGGAAGAAGAGGAGGAGGAGGAAGAGGAGGAGGAGGAGGAAGAGGAGGAAUAUGAACAGGAUGAGAGAGACCAGAAAGAAGAGGGAAAUGAUUAUGACACUCGAAGUGAGGCCAGUGACUCUGGUUCUGAAUCUGUUUCCUUUACAGAUGGUUCUGUCAGAUCUGGCUCAGGCACAGAUGGAUCAGAUGAGAAAAAGAAGGAAAGAAAGAGAGCUAGAGGCAUAUCACCAAUUGUUUUUGAUAGAAGUGGAAGCUCUGCAUCAGAGUCAUAUGCAGGUUCAGAAAAGAAGCAUGAGAAAUUAUCAUCUUCCGUUCGUGCUGUCCGAAAAGAUCAAACCAGUAAACUCAAAUAUGUACUUCAGGAUGCAAGAUUUUUCCUCAUAAAGAGUAACAACCAUGAGAAUGUGUCUCUUGCAAAAGCUAAGGGUGUGUGGUCCACGCUCCCUGUAAAUGAGAAAAAAUUAAAUGUUGCAUUCAGAUCCGCACGGAGUGUUAUUUUAAUAUUUUCUGUCAGAGAAAGUGGAAAGUUUCAAGGGUUUGCAAGACUUUCUUCAGAAUCACAUCAUGGAGGAUCUCCUAUACACUGGGUGCUUCCAGCAGGAAUGAGUGCUAAGAUGCUGGGAGGUGUCUUUAAAAUUGACUGGAUUUGCAGGCGUGAAUUACCCUUCACUAAGUCAGCUCAUCUUACCAAUCCUUGGAAUGAACAUAAGCCAGUAAAGAUUGGACGUGAUGGACAGGAAAUUGAACUUGAAUGUGGAACCCAGCUUUGUCUUCUAUUUCCCCCCGAUGAAAGUAUUGACUUGUAUCAGGUCAUUCAUAAAAUGCGUCACAAGAGAAGAAUGCAUUCUCAGCCCAGAUCAAGAGGACGUCCAUCCCGUCGAGAACCAGUCCGGGAUGUGGGAAGGCGUCGACCAGAAGAUUAUGAUAUUCAUAACAGCAGAAAGAAACCAAGGAUUGACUAUCCCCCUGAGUUUCACCAGAGACCAGGGUAUUUAAAGGAUCCACGAUACCAGGAAGUGGACAGUUUCACAAAUCUUAUUCCCAACAGACGAUUUUCAGGAGUUCGCCGAGAUGUGUUUUUAAAUGGGUCCUACAAUGAUUAUGUGAGGGAAUUUCAUAACAUGGGACCACCACCACCGUGGCAAGGAAUGCCCCCUUAUCCUGGAAUGGAACAGCCUCCACACCAUCCUUACUAUCAACACCAUGCUCCACCUCCUCAAGCCCAUCCCCCGUACUCAGGACAUCAUCCAGUACCACAUGAAGCAAGAUACAGAGAUAAACGAGUACAUGAUUAUGAUAUGAGAGUGGAUGAUUUCCUUCGUCGCACACAAGCUGUUGUCAGUGGUCGGAGAAGUAGACCCCGUGAAAGAGAGCGGGAGCGAGAACGAGACCGCCCUAGAGAUAACAGAAGAGACAGAGAGCGAGAUAGAGGACGUGAUCGAGAAAGAGAAAGAGAGCGAUUAUGUGAUCGGGACAGAGACCGAGGGGAGAGAGGUCGAUAUCGAAGAUAAUGCGCUUUUGGAAUCUCUGAAGAUAAAAAAAAAAAAAAAAAAAUCUUUUUUUUUGUUUUUUUUGUUUUUUUGUUUGUUUUUUUGGUGUGUGUUUACAAGUAGUAAAUUUAUUUUCAGCUGUCUACUUAAAGUCCAUUGUGUAGAAGGAUUUAUUAUUACCCCCCUUCGUUCCAAGCAUGCAGUAUAAUAAGAACUGGAAAAAUUCAAAUCCUCCAAAAAUGCACAGUUGGCAGUUAAGUUGACACUUUUAUUGGGGCAGAAUGGAACAGUCCAAGAAUGUAGAUAUUGAUUCAUUCUCCAAAAAUGUUCAUCUUAUAGCUUAUUCAUCUAGAGUUAUAUUUUUUUGUUCGUUUUCUUUCAGAUCUUGAUAACUGCCAUGGUAUUUUGCUUUGAAGUGUUUCUACAUGUAGUUGCACAUGGUUCAGUAAAAUAAUGCUGCUAUCAAGUAUGCAAAUCUUGAAGUAUGAUGGUUUGACUAUAUGGCAGUGUUGUAGCAGCCUCUUGGUUUCUCUUUUCCCCUCUUUUUUAAAAAAAAACUUAUAAAGUCACUUUUAUUUUUCUUUAGUCUUCAAUGAUGAGAGCAAUAUUACGAAGACAUUGCUAUCUAAUUUUUAAUCUUUUUAAAGAAAAGAUUCCUAUGUUCAGUAGCAUGGUUGAUGCUAUUGUUUAGCCUUCCCCUCUAAACUGUAUACAUUGGCUUGGAAUGUUCACAACUUGCGUGUGUGGCAGCAGAAGAUAAUUCCCAUAUUCUACAUUGCUACUGUUUUGUAUAAAAUAAAUUGGUAAAGAUUGACACUUA